AUGAAUACUCGUACAAUAAUUGGGAUUAUUUGUAUUUUCUUUACAUGUAAUGUUAAUUGCUUUAUUGAUCCAAUAACUGGUGGUGCUAUUGCUGCCGGCUUUGGCUUGUUUUUGGGAUUCAACAAGAUAAAAUGCUCGUUUUCAGAGUGUUGUGAUAAAGAGUACAUUCCUCAUGAUAUUGGAACUCAUGAUGUUGUAACAAGUGCUUUACGUGCUCACAUUAGAUCAGAAUAUUCUCCAAAAGCUCUAACAAUGAGUUUUCAUGGUACACCGGGUACAGGAAAAAAUUUUGUAGCUCAAAAUAUCGUCAAAUAUUUUUAUAAAGAAGGUUCUAAAAGUAAAUACUAUCACUUCUUUUCUGGAAGAUUGAGUUUUCCUUUAGAAAAAGAUACAUUCAUCUAUGAGGAAGACUUAAAAGAGACAAUCAUUAAUAGUCUUCUGCAAUGUCCAAAAUCUUUGUUUGUCUUCGAUGAAGUAGACAUGAUACCUCCACGACUUUUGAAUGUGCUGGUACCUUUUUUAGAGUAUGGAGAAGCGCCGAUUUGGCACAGAGGUAGACGAAUUUAUAUCGACAAAAACAGCGCUAUAUUUAUAUUCUUAUCAAAUACUGGAAGUCAAGAGAUUGUUGAAACUUUACACAACUUGUGGCAGAAUGGACGUAAACGAGAAGACACAAAGCUCUCAGACUUUGAAGAAUUAAUUUCUAGAGGAGCUUUCAAUGAAAAAGGCGGCUUUCAUAAAAGUGACACAAUAAGUACGAGUUUGAUUGAUCAUUAUGUGCCAUUUUUGCCACUGGAAACUGAGCAUGUUGUUAAAUGCAUAAAAGCGGCUUUUUAUAGUCACGGUAGAAAUCCGACUAAUCAGCAGAUUGAAGAUGUUAUGAGCCAUGUGACUUUCAGCGAGCCUGUUGGAAUUUUUGCCAAAGCUGGAUGCAAAAGAAUCGAGCAGAAAGUUGCUCGUGCCAUGUACACACGCUCGCAAUAG